GAAGACUAUCUAUUGAAGGGAGAAGCUUUCGUGUGCAUGCACACUGCGGCUGGACCCUGAGAAUAUUUACUCUCCAAUUAAGAAUAUAUUUCCAGAGUCACAGGCAACCCAAGUGAAAGGGGAAGGAGAUGGAAGAGAAGGACCCUGAAGGCCCUGGAACUGGCAAGGCAUCAAGGAAAGGUCCCCAUCCCAUCCAAGCAGGGAGUGGUGCUGAAUUCUGGGAAAGAGCUGUGCCAGAAAUCUUGGUUCAGGACACCGUGAUCACAGAUGUACGCAGCCAAUGCUUCCGGCAGUUCUGUUACCAUGCGGCAGAUGGGCCCCGAGAGGUUUGCACUCGGCUCCAUGUACUUUGUAAGGACUGGCUGGAGCCAGAGAGGCGCACCAAGAAGGAGAUGGUGGACCUGGUGAUCCUGGAGCAGUUCCUGGCCAUCCUGCCUCAGGAAUUGCAGGGCUGGGUGAGAAGAUGCGGGCCAGAGACCAGUUCCCAGGCAGUGGCCCUGGCCGAAGGUUUCCUCCUGAGUCAGGCAGAGGAGAAGAGGCAGGCACAGCAGAUUUGGGGAGAAUCCCUGAAGUUGGAAGGAACCUUCUCUGAGGCAGAAGGAGCUCCAUCAGAGGAAGGUCAAAGGGCGCACACCCAGGAGCAUACGCGAGAUGCCCCAUCAAGUGGCAGUGAAGAGAUUUUAUGGAGCCAUUUUCUUUGCAGAGAAACGGAAACACCUCCUCAAGCUCUGGUCCAGUCUCCAUUUUCCUUUGAGAAAGUGGCUGUGUAUUUCUCAGAGUCUGAGUGGGCCUUGCUGGAUGUGAGCCAAAAAGCUCUCUACAGGGAAGUCAUGCUGGAGAACUAUGGGAGUGUGGCUUUUCUGGCAGCAGAUGUAGAGGGGACAGCUGGGGAAUUCCAGGGGUUCUCUUUGGAAAUAGUCAAGAACGAAGAUGCCAAAGAAAACUUUAGAGAUGGACCCCAGAGGCAGGAGGAAAGCCAUUCAGCAGGAGAUGAUCAGAGGAAUGAGGAGGAUGAGGAACUGCAUCAUCUAAUGCCUGAUGAAGUCAAGAAGGAAGAUAUGAGAAGAAAUGUCAGGAUUCCAAACAGGUCUCAGAGGCAGGAAGUCACUCACAAGGUUAAGAAGAGGGAUAGAUCCAUUUCUUCCCAAGGCGGGGAUUUCCAAGAAGUAAUUACCAUGUUGGAGGAAACAUACAAGUGCUUGGAGUGUGGAAUGAACUUCUCAGAUCAAACCCAAUAUAAUGUCCAUUUCGGAAUACACAGUGGAAAGAAGACCAAUCAUAGUCUGGACUGUGAAAAGGCCAUGAUUCCCAGAGCAGAGUUCCUUAGACAUCUAAGAACACACAGAGGAGAGAAACCUUAUAGCUGCUCAGAUCAUUGCAAGAGCUUCUCAGAGAAAGAAGACCUUGUUCAACACCAAAGAAUUCAUUCAAGAAAGAAGCCCUUUAUCUGUUCAGAGAAUGGAAUGAUCUUGGAUGGAAGAAAGGCUAAUACACAUUUUUCAAAGCACCGUAUAGUGAAGACAUUUAAAUGCUUUAGGUGUGGGAAGUAUUUCAGAUACAAAUCACAGCUCCUUGUGCACCAAAGGAUCCACACAGGGGAGAAACCUUUAAAGUGCUCAGAGUGUGGAAAGAAAUUCAGUCAGAGUUUCCUUCUUAAGCAGCAUCAAAAAAUCCAUACAGCAGAGAAGCCUUCUGAAAGCUCACUGUAUGGGAAGAGAUUCAGUCUGAGUGGCCAUCUUCAAAAGCUUCAAAGAACCCACACAGGGAAGAAGCCUUUUGAAUGCUCAGAGUGUGGGAAGAGAUUCAGUUGGAGUUGCAGUCUUCAACUGCAUCAAAGAACCCACACAGGGGAGAAGCCUUUUGAAUGUUCAGAGUGUGGGAAGAGAUUCAAUUGGAGUGGCAAUCUUCAAAGUCAUCUACGAACCCACACAGGAGAGAAGCCUUUUGAUUGCUCAGCGUGUGGGAAGAGAUUCAGUGACAGUAGCACUCUUCAAAAACAUCUAAGAAUCCACAUAGGAGAGAAGCCUUUUGGAUGUUCAGAGUGUGGGAAGAGGUUCUGUCAGAGUAGCACUCUUCAAAGUCAUCUAAGAACCCACACAGGGGAGAAGCCUUUUGGAUGCUCAGAGUGUGGGAAGAGGUUCAGUCAGAGUAGCAUUCUUCAAAGACAUCUAAGAACCCACACAGGGGAGAAGCCUUUUGGAUGCUCAGACUGUGAGAAGAGGUUCAGUCAGAGUAGCACUCUUCAAAAACAUCUAAGAACCCACACAGGGGAGAAGCCUUUUGGAUGCUCAGACUGUGGGAAGAGAUUCAGUGUCAGUAGCAGUCUUCAAAAACAUCUGCGAACCCACACAGACGAGCAGCCUUUUGAAUGCACAGAGUGUGGGAAGAGAUUCAGUGUCAAUAGCAGUCUUCAAAAACAUCUAAGAAUCCAUACAGGGGAGAAGCCUUUUGAAUGCUCAGACUGUGGGAAGAGAUUCGGUGACAGUAGCAAUCUUCAAAAACAUCUAAGAACCCACACAGGGGAGAAGCCUUUUGGAUGCUCAGAAUGUGGGAAGCGAUUCAGUGACAGUAGCACUCUUCAAAAACAUCUACGAACCCACACAGAGGAGAAGCCCUUUGUAUGCUCAGAGUGUGGGAAGAGAUUCAAUCAGAAUGCCCAUCUUCAAGUGCAUAAAGGAAUCCACAGUGCAAAAGUGUUUUGAAUAGAAAGCAAUUCAGUCAGCAUGGUUUUCUUCAACAACAUAUUUGAACCCACAUAAGAGAAAGCUAUGUAACUUCUUAGCCCAGGGGUAUCAAACUCAUUUGUUAUGAGGAUCUGACAUAAAUGUCACUUUGUCAGGCCGGGUCAUGUGUGCCAUACCAUAUAACGCCAGGUACCAGAGAUAUAAACUUUAGAAAGGACAUAGGCAAACCCAAUUAACAAUAUUAUUUUAAAAUUAUUUUCACGCUAUUUUUAAAACCUGUUUAAAUAAUUAACAGCCUUAUGGUAUUUCUUUUAUUUAGCAGUCUUUGAUAACUGACAUCUCUUGCUCUGAAUUAUUGAAUCAAAAUUGAGUCAGUUUUUUGUGCUGUAGCAUUCUUGAACGUGAUUUGCUGUGUAUGUUGCAAAUGCACUUUUGAUUUAUGGACAUUGAUUCAAGAAUAGAACUGUUCACAGACUUAUAUUGGGCCGAACAAAGACAGAAUUUUAGAAGUAAAAGUCUUAGGUUGGAGGUAAGUUGGACCCCAAAACUGGUAAAUUUUGCUUGUGCCAACUUUAGAAAGUGUAUCCUUUCAUACAUCGUCACACUACUUCCCUGCCUUCCUGCAAAUUGUGGCAUCUUUUUAUUGGUAGGUGGGAAGCAGUGUGAAUGUCCCGUUUCGUUGACUGUAUUGACUCACUAUGUGUAAUCCACCCUCGGUGCAUCUCCCACCCUAGAGAAACUUUUAUUGUCCAUCUCCUUCCUCUCGCUCCUCAUCAAAAGUAGUUAUCGUCCCUUUCUGAAAAUACACUUCCUCACUAUACUCAAUCAGCAACUUUUUUCUCUUCAACCCUGGAAGCAUUUUUGUAUGCGAAGCAGGGUUUCUUCCCCAUUUAAAGAGGGUCACCUCAAAAUGUACACAUAGCAUACAAUCCCUCCAAAAAACUGGAGCUACUGCCCUCAACAGUAGCUCAGUCCACUACAAAAAUCAUGAACCCUCCACAGAGUCACCAGCCACCUGUCAAUGACCUUGCCUCUUAAAGAGAGCCAGUUUGGUGUAGUGGUUAAGUGUGCGGACUCUUAUCUGGGAGAACUGGGUUUGAUUCCCCACUCCUUCACUUGCACCUGCUGGAAUGGCCUUGGGUCAGCCAUAGCUGGCAGGAGUUGACCUUGAAAGGGCAGCUACUGUGAGAGCCCUCUCAGCCACACCCACCUCACAGGGUGUCUGUUGUGUGGGGGGAGAAGAUAUAGGAGAUUGUAAGCUCUUCUGAGUCUCUGAUUCAGAGAGAAGGGUGGGGUAUAAAUCUGCAGUCUUCUUUUUAAAUUGGCCCUUUUCUCCCACCACCUUUGUCUCACUCAAGCACACCAAUCCACUCUCCAAAUUCAAGUGUGGUCCCACUCCUUUCCUUGCAGUUUGUUCCCAUUUAGAGACCUAACCUUCCACGAAGACACAUUUACGCCCCAUGGUACUGAGGUUCAAUCAUGGGGACUAACAACUGGGAGACAAGCUUCAUCAGCCCCACUCUGCCAUGGAUGUUGCUGGGAAACUUUGGGCCAGUUACUCUUUCUGCCUAAUGUACCAUGCAAAGUUGUUGUGAGGACAGAAACUUAGAUGAGGAAAAUGAUACUUGUUAAUUUCUUUGGGUCCCCAUUUGGGGAGAAAAGCAAGGUACAUGUGCUACAAAAUAAAAUGAUGAAACAAAA